UAUCCUAAAUCCUAAUAUCCUCUCUACUAUUCUUUCCAUAUUAUUGUCUCUUCAAUUGGAUUUUUUCCAUUGUUUUUUCUAGAAGCUCCUCUCAUUCCCAAUUCAAUGGCUGCCUUCAUUUCAUGCCACCAUAACUAUUCAUCCUCACUAGCACCUCCCACUUUCAAAUCCACAAAGCGUAAUCCAAUUUUCAGCUACAUCCGUUCUGCUCCUUCUAAGCUAUAUGCUCGGCAUUUGCCUCCACUUUGUUCUUCGCAGAUUUCACCUCCUCCAUUUCGGCUCACAGAUCAUAAUCAGAAAGACGAGCUAUUUUCAUCAUUGAAGAAGUGCGCGAUUUCUGUUAUGCUAGCUGUUGGCUUGUUAAGUGGAAUGCCGGGGCAAGCCAAUGCCAAUGCGAGCAAUCCAGCAUUGCCAGAUGUGUCGGUGUUGAUCUCUGGACCUCCGAUUAAGGAUCCGGGGGCAUUGUUGAGAUAUGCAUUACCUAUUGACAACAAGGCUAUAAGAGAGGUUCAAAAGCCUCUUGAAGACAUUUCCGAGAGUCUCAAGCUUGCUGGUGUCAAGGCCAUUGAUUCUGCAGAAAGAAAUGUAAGACAGGCAUCCCGGGCCCUCAAGCAGGGGAAGGCUGCUGUUAUCUCAGGGUUGGCCAAGUCAAAGGUUGAGCAUGGGACUGAAUUGCUUAACAAACUCGAAGCUGGGUUGGAUGAGUUUCAACAAAUUCUUGAGGAUAAGAACCGGGAUGCAGUUGCACCUAAACAGAAGGAGUUGCUUAACUAUGUUGGAGGUGUUGAAGAAGAUAUGGUGGAUGGCUUCCCAUAUGAGGUGCCCGAAGAGUACCAAAGUAUGCCUUUGCUGAAGGGAAGAGCAACAGUUGACAUGAAGGUCAAAGUGAAGGACAACCCCAAUCUUGAUGAAUGUGUUUUUCGUAUUGUUCUAGAUGGCUAUAAUGCUCCAGUUACUGCUGGAAAUUUUGUGGAUUUGGUUGAAAGGCAUUUCUAUGAUGGCAUGGAGAUUCAAAGAGCCGAUGGCUUUGUGGUACAAACUGGCGAUCCUGAAGGUCCUGCAGAAGGUUUUAUUGACCCCAGUUCAGAGAAAACACGGACUGUACCUCUUGAAAUUAUGGUGGAUGGGGAGAAAGCACCAGUUUAUGGAGACACCUUAGAAGAGCUUGGUCUAUUUAAGGCCCAAACGAGGCUUCCAUUUAAUGCUUUUGGGACAAUGGCCAUGGCUAGAGAUGAAUUUGAGAAUAAUUCUGGCUCGAGUCAGGUAUUUUGGCUAUUGAAAGAAAGUGAACUAACUCCUAGCAAUGCCAAUAUAUUGGAUGGUCGCUAUGCGGUGUUUGGCUACGUGACAGAAAAUGAGGACUUGCUGGCAGAUCUCAAGGUGGGAGAUGUUAUUGAAUCUGUGCAAGUAGUAUCUGGGUUGGACAAUCUUGUCAACCCAACCUAUAAGAUUGUUGGUUAAGAGUAAUAUUGAAAUUGGACUAGGGGUGUUAUAUGACAAGUUUGAAACAAGUUAUUUGUCUUUUAUAUUAAGCCAUUUCAUUCUCUUGUUAUGUGUAUGUAAGAUUACUUUUCAGCGGAGUGAAGAACAAUUAUAGAGAUCAGUACUACUGAGCACCCAAUUCUUUCUUUA